UGACGAAGGCUUGUGAGGCUGAGAAGACAAAUUGCCCUCAUCAUUAUCUCCGGGCUUGUCAAUCAAACAUAUUCCCUUAUUUACCUCGGCGAGGAGAGAGCCCCGGGAGCACACGGAGAGGGAGGGAGUGAGAAGAGAGCUGCUUGCCCCGAACUCUGCACUGGGGAGGGAGCAUUUCCAGCCCCUUGGGAUGGCCACCAUCACCUGCAAUCGCUUCACUGAGGAGUACCAGCUCUUUGAGGAACUGGGCAAGGGUGCCUUCUCCAUCGUCCGGAGAUGCGUGAAGGUGCUGGCAGGACAAGAGUAUGCGGCCAAGAUCAUCAACACCAAGAAGCUGUCUGCUCGAGAUCACCAGAAGCUGGAACGAGAAGCCCGGAUCUGCCGCCUCCUGAAACACCCCAACAUCGUGAGGCUCCAUGACAGCAUCUCCGAAGAGGGUCACCACUACCUGAUAUUUGACCUGGUCACCGGUGGGGAGCUGUUUGAGGACAUUGUGGCCAGGGAAUACUACAGUGAAGCGGAUGCUAGCCACUGCAUCCAGCAGAUCCUGGAGGCCGUUCUGCACUGCCACCAGAUGGGGGUGGUUCACCGGGAUUUGAAGCCUGAGAACCUGCUGCUGGCAUCUAAGCUGAAGGGUGCUGCUGUCAAGCUGGCUGACUUUGGCCUUGCCAUUGAGGUGGAGGGGGACCAGCAAGCAUGGUUUGGUUUUGCUGGCACCCCGGGAUACCUCUCCCCUGAGGUGCUCCGGAAGGAUCCCUAUGGCAAAGCUGUGGACCUCUGGGCUUGUGGAGUCAUCCUCUACAUCCUGCUGGUCGGGUACCCACCAUUUUGGGAUGAAGACCAGCACCGACUCUACCAGCAGAUCAAGGCUGGGGCUUAUGACUUUCCCUCCCCUGAGUGGGACACAGUCACUCCAGAAGCAAAAGAUCUCAUCAACAAGAUGUUGACCAUAAACCCAUCCAAGCGCAUCACGGCAGCAGAGGCUCUGAAGCACCCCUGGAUAUCACACCGUGCCACCGUGGCGUCGUGCAUGCACAGGCAGGAGACGGUGGAUUGUCUGAAGAAGUUCAAUGCCCGGAGGAAGCUGAAGGGAGCCAUCCUCACCACCAUGCUGGCCACCAGGAACUUCUCCGGAGGCAAAAGUGGUGGCAACAAGAAGAAUGACGGCGUGAAGAAAAGAAAGUCCAGUUCCAGCGUUCAGUUAAUGGAAUCAUCGGAGAGCACCAACACCACCAUUGAGGAUGAAGACACCAAAGUACGGAAGCAAGAAAUCAUUAAAGUCACAGAGCAGCUGAUUGAAGCAAUAAGCAACGGGGACUUUGAGUCCUACACGAAGAUGUGUGACCCUGGGAUGACUGCUUUCGAGCCUGAGGCUCUGGGCAACCUUGUGGAAGGCCUGGAUUUCCACCGAUUCUACUUUGAAAACCUGUGGUCCCGGAACAGCAAACCUGUGCACACGACGAUCCUGAACCCCCACAUCCACCUGAUGGGAGACGAGUCCGCCUGCAUCGCCUACAUCCGCAUCACACAGUAUGUGGACGCGGGAGGGAUCCCCCGCACCGCCCAGUCCGAGGAGACCCGCAUCUGGCACCGCCGGGAUGGCAAAUGGCAGAUUGUCCACUUCCACAGAUCCGGGGCGCCCUCUGUCCUACCGCAGUAAGCCCUCUGAAGUGUGGUUCUGCCUGUGUGGGGUUUGUCACUGACUGACUACCAAGGGGAGACUUCCUCCAACAUCUUCACCUGUGGGACUUUGGCUGUUGGCUCUGCUGCUUGGUUCCCCGCUGGAAUAGCCCCUCGCUCCUCACUGCACACA